ACUCCGGCCAGAGUCAUGAGAACCCUGACUCUGCUGUCCAGCCUGCUUCUCUGUGUCCUGCUGCUGCAGGCCCGGGGAGGGCAACGCAGCCAGAGGAUGAACCAAAAGCAGCCACCCCCAGAAAUCAAGCAGUGUGAGAAAAGACCCAAAAUAUAUCUGUGCACAAUCCCCUGCACAGAUCACCGAGAAUGUCAAGCAAAUAACAUAUGCUGCUCAACCUUCUGCGGGAAUGUUUGUAUGAACAUCCUGUGAGUCAGAGAGCAGGGGACCAGGCAUCCUGCCCCCGCCAGCCGUCUCCGCAGACACUGUGCCUGCGGCUGAAGACAAGGACAUGACCCUGGACACAAGGAUGUAACAAG